AUGGCGAGAAGAAAGGGGAAAGACGAAGAUAGACUGUCGUGUACUUUUGUUUUUGAUGGCACAUUGCAAUCAGGAGUGCGAGGGUCACUGAUUAUCGAACUUAUUAAGUAUCUUCUAUAUGAACGACAACAGAUCCCUUUGCCUGUCGACUACGUGAAGCAAGAGUUGAAAAAACUAUCAGAGAGUCAAUUAGAAACCGGACAACAGAAUGGUUCUAGAAAACCAAGAUGUCGACAGUUGAACAAGCUAGAGGUUAAGAGAGCCACAAACACAGUUAAGAAUUUGGAGGAAUUGUCAUCACAUGUACUGCAGGUUUUUGAGUUGUGUCCUGAGAUCCAAAAGGUCCUUCUGAUGUUUGGAGGAACAUCCGUCAGUCCCAAGGAAUCUUAUCUGGUGAAUCUACCUGAUAUCAAUCCAGAGGCAGAGGGUCUCCCUCUGAAAACCUGUGUAAGAUCCCUGUACAGACAGCUUGUAUCACAGGACAUAAUGGGUAACUCAAAGCGAAUAGGACCCACAAGCUUGAGAGUGUUACUCCAUGCUCCCAGGGAGUCAGGAGUGGAAUGGUUCCUUCCAAAGCCGACAUUCAGAGUACCCAAGAGGGGGAAACAAAUUGUUUUGAAUCUUUGUGGCAAACAUUCCAAUACUUACAGUCAGAAUAUCACCAAGGAUGAAUAUGAGAUAGAAAUAUCUGGAAUUGAACCACUAGAGUGUUCCAAUACCAGUGUUUGUCUUGAAGAAGGCAGUGAAGACCAUUUGUCAUUCUUUUCAAAUAAAUGGGCUCAUGAUAGUCCCAACAGUUAUAGCUCUCAGUCACAAGAUAGUCUUUCAACAAUGGGUAUAAAUUCAACAGACACGAUCAUUCAGAGUGUUGUAAACAUGCAGUUUAAUGAUGUGAUAAACGAAAGUAUAGAUGAUCACUUAAUCACCCUGAAAGAAGAACAAUAUGUGUGGUUCCAGGCACCACUUUUGGUGAAAGGAUAUAAAGACAGAUCAUCAAGACAGGCCUCAAUGACUGAUGGCUUGAUAUAAAGUGUAGUGAUAGCUAGCUGCAGAUUACACUGAUUAUAUUAACCAGUACAACUUUAUAAUGUGAGAAAUUAAACAGUACGAGAACCAAAACUCCAAUUGUUUCAAAUACUGGUAUCUUAUUGGAUGUAUACCUUGUGAUGUUUAACAAAGGUCCUUCAAAUUUUCCCAUAUGGUGAACAUAAGAUGUGGAAAUAAACGUUUCCCAACAUCCAAGUUAUCUCCUUUAUUGUGU